GUGAGGAAACUUUUUUAGUAGAAAUGACAAAGCCAUCGCUUAAACUUUAAUGUAAUUUUCAUGUAUGGUUUUUUAUCCUACGUUUGUACGUAUAAACAGCGACAGUACAGAACGACUUUCGCUUUUGCGAAUUGAGUGCCGUUCGCCAUUAACCAAAAGAACGAUAAUAAUGAUAAGAAGACUUUCGCUUUUGUUAGAUCUGUAGAUCUGAGCCACACGAGGACCCGUACUGACGUCAGCUUAUGGAAAUUGUCACACUGACAAAAUGGCUACGGAACCAAAUAAGACUGAAAUCCUUACUAUUUUCAAAAGGCUAAGAUCUAUUCCUACUAACAAGGUAUGCUUUGACUGCGCGGCCAAAAACCCCAGCUGGGCGAGUAUCCCGUACGGUGUGUUCUUGUGCAUUGACUGCUCUGGCAUCCACCGCUCCCUGGGAGUGCACCUCAGUUUCAUCAGAUCCACUGAGUUAGACUCCAACUGGAACUGGUUUCAGCUUCGAUGUAUGCAGGUUGGAGGCAACGCCAACGCAACGGCCUUCUUCCGCCAGCAUGGCUGCUCCACAAAUGACACCAAUGCCAAGUACAACAGCCGUGCAGCCCAGAUGUACAGAGAGAAGAUUAGGCAGCAGGCAAACACUGCAUUGUCCAAAUAUGGCACAGACCUUUGGAUCGACUCCUCUGCAGGAGGAACUCCUGCAGCUCCUGAGAAGAAGGAGACAGACUUUUUUGCAGAACAUACGCAGCCUGUGAAUGACUGGAACAUGGCGCCACCCUCCGAGCCCGAGCAGAACGGAGCCGCCGUCACCCCACAGCUGGCCGACGUGACAGCUAAAGCCCAGGAUGACAACCAGCCAGAGGAUGGACCGAGCAUCGAUGGUCUGAGCACAUCACCCAAAGCUCACAUUGAUGUGAAGCCUUCCAUCAUUGGAAAGAAGAAGCCCAUGGCUGCCAAAAAAGGGCUCGGGGCGAAGAAAGGCCUCGGCGCCCAGAAGGUGAGCAGCAAGAGUUUCUCUGAGGUGGAGAAGCAGGCGCAAGUGGCCGAGAAGCUGAGGGAGGAGCAGGCUGCUGAGGCCAAGAAACAAGCUGAGGAGUCCAUUGUGGCCUCGAUGCGUUUGGCCUACAAAGAACUCGAGAUCGACAGAAAGAUGGAGGAGAAGAAGCUUCAGAACCUGGAAGGCAAGAAGAGAGAGCAGGCGGAGAGGCUGGGCAUGGGCUUCGGCACCAGGAGCGCUGUGUCCCACUCCGUCAUGUCUGAGAUGCAGGUGAUUGAGCAGGAAACUCCUGUGGGAGCCAAGUCCUCCUCCCGCUCCAAACUGGACAUGUUUGAUGAGCCAGGUUUCACCUCUGGACCCCCAAAAUACAAGGACAACCCGUUCACAGUGGGAGACAGCUUUGGAUCCAGGUGGGAUACUGACGGAGGGACCGCCUCCUUCACCACCUCCUGGGCUCUGGAGAAGGAGGAGCCCAAAGAAGAGGUCACCAUCUCUAGCAUUCAGCCAAUUGGAGAGAGACUUCCCAGCAGAAGAAAAGCCGAGGUCUCGGCUCCGGCGUCCGAGUCAAGUGAGGCCAGACAGAAGUUUGCAAAUGCAAAAGCGAUCUCUUCGGACAUGUUCUUCGGUCGGGAGAGCAGCGCAGAGUAUGAAGCCAAAACAAGACUGGAGACCUUGUCUGGAAGCACCUCCAUCAGUUCAGCUGACCUGUUUGGGGAUGGUAGUGACCCUAAAGGGAGGACAUCGGGCUUCGACAGCGUGCUCCCCUCUGGCCCCGACAUCGCGCAGUUCAAACAAGGAGUGAAGACCGUAGCCGGCAAGAUGGCCGUCCUCGCCAACGGUGUCAUGAAUACAAUCCAGGACCGUUACGGCUCCUACUGAUCAGCCCUGACAAACCAGCACCAACCUGUGGGACGACAUACUAACCUAACGCCUGUGUAGAGCCAACCAGCCUCCUCACUGACACGAGCGCAGAAGACGAGACGAGAGGGACGGACGGGAAGCGGGAAGGGACUGCAUGAGGAAAAGGAAUUCUCACUCGUCCUCUUCUAGAGACAGUUUUUCAGGAGCGAGACAGUAUUUUCUUCUCUCUUUCUCAUUGGCUGACUCUUACCUUUUAUUUUCACAAAGGAAACCAUCGAAGGGUGAAAUCUUUUCUAAACCAGGAGUUUAGUUCUAAGUUUUUGGUCUUAGGUUUCAAAAUGAUGUCGGAGUUAAUUCUACUAUAUUUUAUUCCUUCUGCAUAAAUCAAAGUGUUGUAUUUUGAUUGAUCGUAUCAGAUAUUUUAUGCUUAAGUCUUUUUUUGUUAGUUUUAUUGUGAUAUUAAGAGUUGCAGUAUAUAUUUUCAACUUAACGUUCAUUUGUAUCCUCCAUGUUUGCAUUCAGUGUUCAGUUGGCGGCUGUUUUUCACGGACAGCCAGCCGUCUUCACAGCGUCUGAGCGUUCUGUGAGCUCGGGAUGAAGCGCUUCUGUCUGGGCCGAACACCGGGCCGUCACAUGGUUGUGGUCCUCGCUGCUACGGUUAUUUAUCAUCUGUUUUUUAAAACGGUUAAAUCCAGCUGCAGAGACACACAGUGCUGGAGAUUUUAAAUUUGGGAUUUAAAAAAGACUCGUCAAAUGAGCAUCGAGUGUGUUGUAAAGUAUGUGGAGAACACAGGUCUGAUGCAGACCCCAGGGAGAAGACGCUGAGUCCCAGCUCAUAUAACAACCGAACUGUUUUGACUAUGCAUCUCCAUUUUAUGACCUUGGAAGAAGCUUCACUUCGAUGUGUUGCAGGUUGAACGUGAAGUCUGCCUCGACUUACCUCAACUCUACAAGACAAGUCGUUCUGACUUGUUUGUGCUGCCUUUUCUCCGCUCAGCAGUCCAGCCUUUUGUUUUGGAAGGCUGACAUCUUUAGUUUACAUUUUUUUUCUGUUGAUGUUGGCCAAUAAAAAAAAGUUCCUGACAUUCAAAGCGCGAACCACCUCACAGAGGUUGUGCCUGUGAGUGAUAAUGAGGCUAAAUGAUUAGCGUCAGACUGGCUGACGGCAGGUAAAGACGACACAAUUGGUGCAGCGUGAACCCCCGUCAUCAAGUCAGACUUAUUCGACACCUUUGUGUUCUCGGCAGACUUUACAUUCAACAAGUUGUUAUACGUAGGACUGUUAAGUAGAGGAGGGGAAACCGGUUUGUAAUUUUCCUUGAGUGAUUGAGUGUAAUUUUUUUCCCAGUGUGGCCAUACCUGUUUGUCCCGCCCACAAUCAACCCUGCACACACACACACACACACACACACACACAGGCCCAAAUGGUGAAACAUUUGAUUAUUUAUUUGUAGGCUAUAAAAAGAAACUUAUUCGGUAUGUUAAUAAAGAUUGAAAGCUG